GCUCUUCGUAAUCGAAUUUCCCUUUGUUUUCCCAAAAAAAAAAAAGGCAAAAUGUCAAUAACUCUUUUACUUCCUCAUUUUCACUCUCCAUAUCUUUGCAGUCCACUCAAGCCCUCAACUCCAUCUUUGUCCUUCAAAUGUGGAAGGAGCCCGCGGUCGCCGGCGUCUUAUCCAUGCAUCAGAGCCGUCGACCUUGAUCAGACCACGAUAGUAACAGCGUCGGUUGGGCUUAUCAGCGUUGCGGUUGGGAUCAGCAUCCCAAUCUUCUGCAAGUCUCAAAUCGAUAGUGCAGCAAAGCGUGAAAACGCCCAACCGUGAUUCCCUUGCAAUGGCACCGGUGCCCGCAAGCAAUUCAUUCUCAAGUAUAACAAUCGAACUAAACAAAAAUCAAGAAAAACUAUAGAGAGAAAAAGAAAGAAAUGAAGAAAGAUGCAUAUGUUACAAAUUUCAAGGUCUACUUGUUUUAUCAUUUUUGGGGUGUUCAUGCUUCAUGGAGUGUGAUGUUGGAGUAAUUCAAGGUUUCGUGAUGGUCCAGAGAGGUGCAGGUUUUGUAUGGGAAGUGGGACGAUAAGUGUAGAGCUUGGUGGGGAUGAGAAAGAAGUCUCGAAAUGCAUCAACUGUGAAGGUGUUGGUUCUUUAUCGUGCACUACUUGCCAAGGUAGCGGGAUCCAACCUCGGUAUCUUGAUCGCAGGUAUGUUCUUUUCCCUCGGGUCACACUCAGACAGUAAGUACGUUCGGGUUAUGUAAUUGGGUCAUGGGUUUAUCAUAAUCUGUCAUAAGAAUGGGAAAAGAUGCUCAUUACUCAGGCAAAUUUGCUUCAAAAGUGCUUUGUUAGAUUGAUAAAAGAAAUACC